AUGCAUUCAUUGAAGGAUUCCAAGAAGGUCCACUACUGUGCUGACGACCCACCUACCUGGUCAAGCUCGUUCGCGGCAUCCGAUAGCACACAUAUGCAACAAGACUCGCUACUGCAUGUACAAAUCGUUACACACCUCGACCUUUGCGAGAUGAAAAUCGAGCGAUCUGUUUCCACUGUGGUCUCGGAGGUGAAGAGCACAGCCAAUAGCUCCCCUGGACCUUCGCUGCAUGAAGCCGCCAAGAACGGGGAUGUCCGCAGCCUGAGGAAAUUGCUCCGGCCUGGCUCCGCAGCGGACGUCAACGAGCUUGACGACGAGGAUAGAAGCGCCCUGCACUACGCAUCCAACUCACUGAUCGCGGAGAAACUCAUAAACGCCGGGUCUGAAAUUGAUGUCGAGGAUGCUGAGGGCUACACGCCGCUGCACAGGGCCGUGGCAGAGCGCCGAAUCGACGUGGUCUGGCUUCUACUUGUUCAUGAUGCGAAGACCGACAUCCGAGAUGACGAUGGCAAGACGCCCAUGGGACAUGCCAAAGGCUGUCCGGCGGCGGAAUGGAUGCUUCGCCACGGGCCUUCAAACAGUCUUCUUCGCGCUGUGGAGGCCAAUAGGGCGGACGUAGUCGAAGCUCUCAUAAAUGCCGGAGCUGACAAGGAAGUCAGGGACGAGAACGACUUUGUUGCCCUUAUAGUAGCCACACUCCGGGGGUCCUGGGACGCAGCUCGCGUUCUUAUCGAACAAGGAGUAGACUUGGAUGUGUACGGGGACAUGGGCAACGGUGUGCUGCACAUGGCUGCCCAUCGUGCGCCUGCGGAGUUCAUGGGGUAUCUUCUCGACAAGGGCUUACCCAUCAACUACCAGAACCAUUGGGGCGGCACCCCUCUACUUGAGGCCGCUGAACGCGACAAUCGGGACGAGACAAUCGCUCUACUCCUGGAACGAGGCGCCGACCCGGAGCCGAGGAACAACGCGGGAUACACGCCGCUGCAGCUUGCCGCCCGGUCUGGCAAGAUGAAUGUUGUCAAGAUGAUAUUAAGCCGGAUGAGAGAGCGUGAGCUUCUGGGUCCUUCCUAUCCAUCUAAACCAGGGGCCGGCUCGUGGUACCCACUGGCCGAGGCGAGCUACCAUACCCAUCCUGAGUGUGUGCGCCUGCUGCUCGCGGCUGGCUCAGAGCUGAAUAUCCGGAACGAUGAGAGAAACACGCCGUUGCAUCUUGUGGUUUGGCCCACCAACGAGCAUCGCGAGGUCGAUGAUCAAACUGAGAUCCUUCAUCUGCUGCUUGACCAUGGAGCAUCGAUUGAUGCUAAGGGACAUGAUGAGAUGACUCCUCUCGCAUUAGCAUGCCGAUGGAACUCGCUUCCUUUGGUACAGAUGCUCAUUGAUGCUGGGGCGGAAUUGGAUAGCAUAUCCUGGCAUGGAAGGGGAGCGGAUCGUGAGUUCGGCUAUACGAGCCUGAUGCUCUCUGUGGCGUUCGGGGGCGAUGACAACCUGGACGUUGUCACAGCCUUGGUGAAUGCAGGGGCAGAUGUGAAUGCACGGACACACCGUAAGAAGUUGAACGCGCUGGAAAUGGCCCAGAGUCGAGGCAGGAUGGAUCUUGCCUCUGUCCUUGAAGAUGCCGGGUCAAUUUGUGAUAAACCUCGCAAUACUUCCAUAGGUCGAGGGAGGCGUUGA